ACUUAAUAAAUUUUUGAGCUUUAUUACUUAAGAUGUGACAUCACAGUCUUCCCCAUCAGCAAUUCGAUUAAAGGAAAGUUUACAACAAUUAACCAGCAUAGACCAUGCAACAGGUUACCUCUAAUUACCACUACAAAUAUUCCUGUGCCCUGCACAGUCCCUCAACAAACUCUGUGCAGCACAUCACAUUGUUCAUUCCUGGCAAGUUCUUCUCCUGGCAUUCCCCAAAGCCCAAAUCUGAGCUGUCUCUGUGCACACACAGGGCCUUCUCUAGAGGCACCUUUAGCCUGCUCAUCUCUCAUUAGCUGUAUAUGCUGCACAGAGCAUCUUGGCUGCUUCCCCUUGGUAUAUCAAGUCCCUGCUCCCUCAGCUUUUGUUUUCUACCUCUGGAGUAUGUCAGCUGUGGAAAUCAAUCUCCCUUCUAGUAUAUAUUUCAGCUGUACAAUGAGUUGUACUUUUCUUUCAGAUGGCCUCAAUUUCCCUAUGAUUCCAUCUAGAGUAGUGUCUAUAGGACAUAAAUCCUGUGCUUCUCUCUGAAGUAGCACAGGCACUGUGUCUUGGGCACGAGUGUUAACAACGUAGUUAAUUUUAGUAUAAGAUUCUCUGCCCCCCAAACAGGCACCAUUUGGAAUUUCAGCAGGUAUGUUUUGUUUGCUGAAGGAAUAUGCAUGGCAUUUUUUUGUCCAAUUAUACAAAAACUUUGGGUUUAGAUAUCUGCCUUAGUAGUAUAAAGGUAUGUACUUUGAUUUCUUUGCCCCAUUUGAUCUUUACCCAAUAAAAUCAGUACUUGGAAUUUUGUUAAUCAUAUACUGCAUAUAGACAUCUAAAAGCAGUAUCAAAAGUAAGUCUGCUAAAGAUCUACUUUGAGGCAAAAUCUUUGAGUAGGAAUGAUUUGCACAGUUAGAAACUUGAAGAAAGCUCUCUGUGGCUUUCUGCUUCUCUCCAAAAGUCUCUGAAGCCCAAAGGGCCUACAUUUUAUUUCUGCACCUGUAUAUGCUGCUGUAAGACUUAAAACUCAGAUAAGGAGGCUGACAUUAAAACACAAAUAUGUGGUGUUGAUAAACAUGCUACUCCCAACUAUUUAUUGCCAUGCUUGAAUACUAGCAGGGGGCCCAUUAUACUAUGCAGCCACACUGAACCUAGGAAACAAGAAAAUAAGAAUUAGGGUAUUAGGUAUACUGGCACAUGCUCACAAUUAUUGCACAUCUACAUUUGCAUGUUUAAUAGUGGACACAGACUAGUGCACAGUGUUACACACAGGGCUCUGGAGGAAGGUGACAGCUGGGUUAUGGUACAUGGAAAAAAAUCUCAUCUUCACUGCUUGGGCUCAUCAUAAGGGUUGGAAUGUGCUUGACUCCUGAGUUCUUGCUUUGGCUGGAGAAACCCCAUAUCUGCCUCUCUACAGAUGUACUACACUUCUGUUUCUUUCCCAUACUGGAAUUUAGCCCAAUUUGUAAUAAGGACACAGAGAUGGCAUAUGGAGCCAACAGAAAGAGGAAAGCUCUUGGUAAUUCUGUCCUGUUUUGGGAACAGAGAAGUGGACACAUAGGGAGUUAACACGCACCUAGAUUCUGGAACACAGGGACAGAGUUUGUUGAGAGAUAAAUUAAUGAUAGUGAAACCAGGACAUUUUGUCCCAUUAUAUGGGUGUGUGAAUGAGUUCCAGUUAAAUGUGAUGAGUUAAUUUUGGUCUAAGCUCUAGGUACUGUGAAAUACAGACCAGACAGGACACAGACUGACAGACAUUUUCUAGCAGAAAAGAGCUAUAGAAAACCAAGGGGAGGUUUUGAUGAAGAGAUGAGGGUCCGAUUUUCUUCAUACCUAACAGAGUGAGAGACAGUCCUAGGGAAGUCAGUCAUUUUGGAGCAGGAUAAGACCAGAUGCUAAAGGGUUUUCUUCUGGAAGUGCUUCAGAAAUCUGAUACAGGCCCAUUGGAGAGACUGAAGCUUAAGAUUCACUCAGGCAAGAAUUAGCCUUCAUGCUCACUGGAACACCUGACCUGGAAGUGACAUAUACACUGAACUGGGAGCAAAGUCCUAUAAUAAAUAACUGUGCUUCAGUCAUUUCCUCCUUUGUGCAGUGGAGAGCUGGCACUUAAUGGCACCAGGGCCAAUUUCACCUUCCUUUCCUUUCUUACUCCAAUGCUUAUGAAAAAGAGGGACCUGAGCUGCAAAAGCCACACAGUGAAGAUUUCUUCUGGAGAGGUUGCAUACAGUGAUCUGAAACAUAAUGGUGGUUUUCAGAAAGGGUGAUCAUGUGUGGCUGGACACUCAACCAAACAGUGAAUUUAAUGUCCCUAUUGGGGCAAUUGUGAAGGAAUCUGACUCAGGACGGAUCUUGCUCGAGGAUGAUGAAGGCAAGGAGCACUGGAUCACGGCUCGGAACAUGCACAUGGUGCGCCUGAUGCACCCUUCCUCUGUCCAGGGGGUAGAGGACAUGAUCCGCCUCGGGGAUCUCCACGAAGCUGGCAUGGUGCACAACCUCCUCAUCCGACACCAGGAGCACAAAAUCUAUACUUAUACAGGAUCAAUCCUUGUAGCAGUGAAUCCAUACCAGCUGCUGCCCCUCUACACAGUGGAUCAGAUCAGACUGUACUGUAACAAGAGGAUUGGAGAGCUUCCACCUCAUGUCUUUGCCAUUGCAGACAACUGUUACUUCAAUAUGAAGAGGAAUAAGAGAGACCAGUGCUGUGUGAUCAGUGGAGAAUCUGGUGCUGGUAAAACUGAAAGUACAAAGCUAAUACUACAGUUUUUGGCAGCUGUCAGUGGCCAACAUUCUUGGAUAGAGCAGCAAAUCCUAGAGGCCAACCCUAUUCUGGAAGCUUUUGGAAAUGCCAAGACAAUUCGAAAUGACAAUUCAAGCCGCUUUGGGAAAUACAUUGAUAUUCACUUCAACCAAAAUGGUGUGAUAGAAGGAGCCCGGAUAGAACAGUUUCUCCUGGAGAAGUCCCGGGUUUGCCGGCAGGCUCCAGAGGAGAGGAACUAUCACAUCUUCUACUGCAUGCUAAUGGGGAUGAAUACAGAGCAGAAAAAGAUGCUGAAUCUGGGCACUGCUUCAGAGUACACUUAUCUCACUAUGGGUAACUGCACGUCCUGCGACAGCCGGAAUGACGCCAAGGAUUACGCCCACAUCCGCUCGGCUAUGAAGAUCCUCAUGUUCUCAGACUCUGAGCACUGGGACAUCAGCAAACUGCUAGCUGCAAUCCUGCACCUAGGGAAUGUAGAGUUCCAAGCGGCUGUGUAUGACAACCUGGACUGCUCUGAUGUGAUAGACUCACCACACUUCUCCAUCGCCACCAAAUUGCUCGAGGUGGACUCUACUGAACUGCAGAACAGCCUCACAAACCUCUCCAUCAUUGUCCGAGGAGAAAGUGUGUCCAGGCCUCUGAAUGUGGUUCAAGCUGCCAAUGGGAGGGAUGCCUUUGUGAAGGGUAUAUAUGGGCGGAUUUUCUUGUGGAUCGUGAACAAAAUCAACUCAGCCAUUUUCAACCCAGCUUCUGAGAAGCCUAAAGACAGACAUCAAUCCAUUGGACUGCUGGACAUUUUUGGGUUUGAAAACUUCAGCAACAACAGCUUUGAGCAGCUGUGCAUUAACAUUGCAAAUGAGCACCUUCAGCAGUUCUUCGUGCACCAUGUCUUCAAGCUGGAGCAAGAAGAAUACCUUGCAGAGCACAUUGCCUGGAACAACAUUGACUUCAAUGAUAACCACCAGGCUCUGGAAGUCAUUGCACUCAAGCCCAUGAAUAUCAUCUCCCUCAUUGACGAAGAGAGCAGGUUCCCAAAGGGCACAGAUGCCACCAUGCUUAUCAAAAUCAAUUCCCUCCAUGGUAAAAGUAAAGUCUACAUCCCACCUAAGAAUGUUCAUGAUACCAAGUUUGGCAUCAACCACUUUGCUGGGGUUGUCUUUUAUGAAUCAAAAGAUUUCCUGGAGAAAAAUCGUGAUACACUGAGUGCUAAUGUAAUGCAAGUGGUCCAUUCCUCCAAAAACAAAUUCCUGAGAGAGAUUUUCCAGGUGGAAACAACCCCACCUAGUCUGGGACGUGGGACCAUUCGGCAUCUUGGAUCUGACCAGGUCUACAAGGGCUUGGAUACCACCAAGAGGCUCUCAACACUGGGAGGACAGUUCAAGCAAUCCCUGGAAAAACUAAUGAAAAUCCUUGAGCAGUGCCAGCCAUACUUUGUCCGCUGCAUCAAGCCAAAUGACUACAAGAAACCACUGUUGUUUGAUCGGGAGCUAUGUAUCAAACAGCUGCGAUAUUCGGGGAUGAUGGAGACCAUUCAGAUCAGGAAAGCCGGGUACCCAAUUCGCUACAGCUUUGAGGAGUUCUUAGAGAGAUACAGAUUUCUUCUGCCAUGGUCUCUUCGACAACAGCUGAAGAAUGAUACCCGACAGAGCUGCAUCAGCAUCUCCGAAGCAGUGCUGGGCAAGGAUGAAAGCUGGCAAGUUGGAAGGACUAAGAUUUUCCUUAAAGAUCAUCAUGACACUGUAUUGGAGGUGCAACGCCAAAAUGUACUCACAGAUAAGGUUCUUCUUAUCCAGAAGGUGAUGAGAGGAUUGAAGGACAGGAAGCAGUUCCUGAAACAGAGGAACUCUGCUGUAGCCAUUCAGUCAGCCUGGAGAGGCUAUUGCUGCCGGAAGGAAUUCAGAAUGGUGAUGCUGGGCUUCGGGCGCCUGCAGGCCCUGUACCGCAGCCGGCAGCUGGCUCAGCGCUACGAGGCCACCCGGGCUCGGAUCAUCAGGUUCCAGGCCAUGUGCCGAGGUUACCUGGUGCGCCAGAAGGUGGCAGAGCAGAAGAAAGCCGCGUGUGUCAUACAGGCAUAUGCCAGGGGCAUGUUCGCUCGCCAAACCUACCGGAGGAUAAAGGGGGAGAAUAAGCUGGAAGCCAGGAAUAUCCACUUGAAAGAAGAGAAACAUCUCAUCCAAGUCCUGGAACCACUGAAAGCAGGGGAAGAAGCUAUAAAAUUACAAAAGGAACUGUCAACUCAGGAGAGAGAGGAGGCAGAAGCAAGACAAAGGAGGAACGUGCUUGCCAAUAAACCAACAAACCUUGAUGUUAUCAGUGACCAAGAAAUGGUGGACAAAAUUUUUGGGUUUUUACCUUCUGUGAUUGGAGGCCAAGAAGGACAGGCUCCUCUGGGUUUUGAGGACUUGGAAACAAAGCCUAACAAGCUGGAGGAAGUGGACCUGGACAUGGUUCCCAUGAGUUUGGAGCUAGAAGAGGAAGCACAUGGUUUGGAAGAGUACACCUUCCCCAAGUUUGCAGCUACUUAUUUCCAGGGGUCUUCUACACAUACACAUAUUCGGAGACAGCUGCGGCACCCACUACUCUACCAUGAUGACAAGGACAACGUCCUGGCUUCUCUAGCUGUGUGGGUGAUCAUCCUGAGGUUCAUGGGGGACCUGCCAGAGCCACCAAUGUUUGCCAAGAGUGCCACCACCAAGAGCAGCUCCGUGAUGACACAGAUAUAUGACACACUUGGCAGGAAAAACCAGGUCCAGUUGAGGACUGACAGCCCAAAUAUGAGGGAAGGCAGAAGGGAUAACAAGAUUUCUAAGGGGAUUUCAUCUCUGAAACUGAAACGGUCAUCCAAGCUGACAGGGAAGGUGGCAGAUCAGCUACGAAAUGGAGAAGAAGCUUUCCAAGAGGACGUCUCGAUCUCUCAGAGACCUAUGUCCAACCUAGAAAAAGUACACUUCAUUAUUGGCAAUGCAAUUCUGCGUCCUGCCAUCAGAGAUGAGAUUUAUUGCCAGAUUUGCAAACAACUCACUGAAAACAGCAACAGGAACAGCUAUGCUCGUGGCUGGAUCCUUCUGUCACUUUGCCUUGGCUGCUUUCCUCCUUCAGACACAUUUGUGAAGUACCUGUUGAACUUCAUCCACCAUGGGCCCACAGGCUAUGCUCCAUACUGUGCUGAGCGUCUGAGGCGCACCUACAGCAAUGGGGCCCGGACUGAACCUCCCAGCUGGCUGGAACUUCAGGCAACAAAGCAGAAGAAACCCAUUAUGUUUAAUGUCACCCUGAUGAAUGGCCAAAGCAUCACUAUCCCUGCAGAUUCUGCUUCCACUGCCAAAGAGAUCUGUCAGUUCAUAGCAGAUAAAACCAAACUUAAGGAUGUCUUUGGAUUUUCGCUCUACAUUGCUGUGUUUGAUAAGGUCUGGUCGCUGGGCGGGGGCCGAGACCACGUCCUGGAUGCCAUCUCUCAGUGUGAGCAGCUGGUGAAGGAGCGGGGCACACACGAACGCCACGCACCCUGGCGCCUCUACUUCCGCAAGGAAAUCUUCACCCCCUGGCACAACUCCCGGGAGGAUCCUGUCAGCACUGAUCUCAUUUACCACCAAGUCAUCCGUGGCAUUCGAUUUGGGGAGUACCGCUGUGAGAAGGAAGAAGAUUUGGUGGAGAUAGGUGCAAAAUAUUGUUAUAUCCAAUUUGGAGAUACCAUCCACAAUGAACUUGUGCAGAAGGUGCUCCAUGACUGUAUCCCAGUAAAACAGCUGAAGUCCAAGCCCCUGGAAAAGUGGGUGAGCCUUAUAACCUAUGCACACGCUAAGGCCCCAUAUACACAGGACCAUCUCUCCUCUCAGACUGUGAAGGAGCAACUUGUAGAUUUUGCUCGCUUUCAGUGGCCUUUGCUUUUUUCCAGAUUCUUUGAAGUCACUAAGUUUUCAGGACCCAGCUUGCCUAAGAACCACUUCAUCAUUGCUAUAAAUUGGAAAGGCAUCUGCUUCUUGGAUGAGUCAGAAAAGCGGUUCCUUGAGCUGACCUUCCCAGAGAUAACUGGCAUCCACACCAACAGGGCAGUGAAGUCAUUUGGACAGAGUUGCACUCUCAUCACCCUUCGUGCCGAGGAGUUUGUUCUGACAUCUGUAAACAGUGUUGUCAUUGCUGAACUGGUGGUGAUGUUCCUGGAAGGACUGAAGAAAAGAUCACGAUUUGCUGUGGCAAUGCAUGAGAAAAAAUCCCAGGAAGAUCCUGGCAUCCUGUCCUUCAAGAAGGGAGACUUGCUAAUCUUCACCGAAGACAAAAGGCUGGAUGCAGAUUCUGGCUGGAUCUGUGCCCAGAAUGAAAGGACAGGCAAAACAGGGAAUGUAUUUUUGGAAGACAUCUACAUCAUUCCUUCCCUCACAAAACCCUCUAGUCAAGUGCUGAGUUUGCUGAUGAUGUCUCCAGACCAGAGGAGGACAGCUUCCCAAAACUCCUUCAUGGAGGAACCUGAUGAAGAGGAUAUCAAGGUGAAGCCUUACACCCUGGAGGAGUUCUCCUACGAACACUUCAGGACUCCUGAGAAGGAAUCCAUCAGCAAAGCUGUUCUCCAGAAAUCCCGUGGGCACAGUCAACUGUGGGCACAUUCUAAGGAGCCUCUGAAACAGCCAUUGCUGAAGAGAGCAUGCACAGAUCCUGAUCUUCGGGAUUUGGCCUGUCAGGCCUUCAUUGCCAUCAUGAAAUUCAUGGGAGACUACCCCUCAAAACAGGCACACUCCUCUGUGGAAGUGACUGACCAGAUAUUUGUGCCAGCCAUCCAGGAGGAGAUCCUGCGGGAUGAGAUCUACUGUCAGAUUAUGAAGCAACUGACUGAGAACAGAAACAGGUACAGUGAGACCAAGGGCUGGCAGCUCCUCUGGCUCUGCACUGGCCUCUUCCCACCCAGCAAGUCACUGCUCAAACAUGCCCAGAAGUUCAUAGAGACACGUCAGAAAGAAACACUGGCCCCGGGGUGCCGUCGGAGGAUUCAGACAGUAAUGAGGAGCGGCUGCAGGAAGUGGGCACCUCAUCCUGUGGAGGUUGAGGCCAUCUUACAGAACAACACUAAGAUCUCACACAAGAUUUGCUUCCCCAAUGAAACAGAACAGACAUUUGAUGUGGGAACAAACACCAAAAUCCAGACUCUGUGUCAGAACAUUGCUUCCAAAUUGCAGCUGCAGUCCUGGGAAGGUUUCAGCCUCUUUGUGAAGAUUGCAGACAAGGUGAUCAGUCAGAAUGAAGCAGACUACUUCUUUGACUCACUAAGGCAAGUGACAGACUGGAACAGAAGGAACAAACCAGGAAAAGAUGGGGCUGCUCUGUCUGUGGCGUAUGAAGUGUACUUCAUGAGAAAACUGUGGCUGAAUGUCAUUCCUGGCAAGGAUCUGAAAGCUGAUACUAUUUUCCAUUACCACCAGGAGCUGCCAAAGUACCUCAGAGGAUACCACAAGUGUUCCAAGGAUGAAGCUGUGCAGCUGGCAGGGCUGAUUUAUAAAGCACACUUCAACAACGACCGCACACAGCUGGCAGCCAUCCCCAAAAUCCUGAAGGAGCUGGUGCCAGACAAUCUGCUCCGAGCAGCGUCACCAGACGAAUGGAAGAAGAGCAUUAUUGCAGCAUAUAGUAAACAUGAAGGAAAAACUGUGGAUGAGGCCAAGAUUGCUUUCUUGAAAAUGAUACACCGGUGGCCAACAUUUGGAUCAGCCUUUUUUGAGGUGAAGCAAGCCUCAGAGCCAAAUUUCCCAGAGAUUGUACUGAUUGCAAUCAACAAGCAAGGAGUCUCACUGAUACAUCAGAAGACAAAGGAUAUUUUAACAGUCUACCCCUUCAAUAAAAUCUCCAACUGGAGCAGUGGGAGCACAUAUUUUCACAUGACAAUAGGGAACCUGGUACGAGGAAACCGGCUCUUAUGUGAGACCUCUCUGGGUUACAAAAUGGAUGACCUGUUAACAUCCUACGUACGCCUGCUCAUGAAUGCUGUAAACAAGCAAAAGAACCUCCCAGCCUGAGAGUGGAAAUAGAGACUGUGACCUGUACUUGUGCCAAACUACCUGUAAUUUCAUAUCCCAGAAGAAAUGCCGUUUAAAAAAUAUUAAUCUUGAUGAUCAACCUUCUGAUCACACACUGAAUGAACUGAGCUGCUGAAAUACUACUACAGAAGAAGCUCAAGUGAGCAUGUCCUUUCAAAUAUCUGUAACACUUCUGUCUUAGAUGUAGUAUGAGAAUUCCAUUCAGAUAUUGGAUUUAGAGAAAGUUUAGAUGACUUUAAUAUUCUGUGGGAGUGGGGAAACCCUGUGAGAGCCCCUUCUAAUAGCCCGAAUCUCCUCCAAGACAGACACACAUUAAGAGCUGUCUUCCUUUUGGAAAGAAAAUGCCUCUUUAUUGUAUGUGCCCUCACCAAAGGCACAAACUCCAAGUCUUUGGAAACAAAGGUAACGUAAUUUUUUUCUUCCUCUUGGCAAUUCUAAGAGUGGGGAGAUGCCCUUUAGUCGUAGAUAACUGCACACUUUGAAAGGUAAGAUGCUGGGUUUCAUCCUCUGGUCCCUAGGUUACAUGCUGGACAUUACAGUAGACUGUCAGAAUGUAACUGCCCUUCCUGCAUGCUGCUAAACUUGCAGGCUGUCCCCUGACUUACCAGGGCCUUGCUUAAAUGAAAUAGUCUUCUUUCUUCCACAUGUUAUGAUGCUCUCAUCAUUGUUGAAACUAACAACCGCUUUCUACUGCGCAGUUUUAAUAUGCUCUGAAAUGAGUCUAGGGUUUGGAAUCAUCACUUUUAGUUGGUCCUAUUUCAAGAUACAGAUGAGCUAUUCAGUGCAAAUCAGAACUGAAGAACUCAGUCUAACAGAGAUCUGUUGAAAAGAGACUUUUCUGCUCUACAAAAAUGUUCUGUUUGGAGUUAUGCAGACAUUCCUUCAUGAGACAAGAAUAAUAGCUUUAAUUUGUCCUGAUCUUUUCUGCUUCCUGUUUAGCAGACAGUUUCAGUGGUAAAAUUUGAUUCAGCACUUGUUCAUCUCUAAGAGCUUUGUAGAAACAUAGUUUGGGUGCCACAGGAAUCAGAGUGUGCUCUGAGUCUGUAAAGCAGAUCUACACUAUGGUGGGAGUAAGCUUAGCUGCUUCCCCCUCAGAGUAAGUACUCUUCCCUCACUCCCAGCAAAACAUGAACAUGUCUUAAAGCAUUUACACCAAGUUCCUUGAGACACAAUCUGGCAGUGCUGGAAAAGCAGCUCUGCUUGAUCUCUCAGUUUUGCCAAUAGAUGCACAAUGGUUCUCUUGUUCCCUCUGACGUGUGUGUGAAAUUCAAAUGCUGGUGGGAGUUCUGUAUAUGGGUGGCAGGGAAGAGCCCCACUCUCUUUGUGCCUCCAAACCAGUGCCACACCUGUUAGAAUAGCUGAUCUUUUUGCAAGCAGUUAGAUGCUCCUGCUGUAUUGUCCAUUGCUGGCAAUGGAAACACUGGAGUCUAUUUACCCAGAGUGGUUUUGUUGCCCAGUGUCUGAUCUAACUAACUAGCUAUAAGUGAGAAAUGUUCAACACUUCACCUGUACAAAAAUAAAUUUUACAGCCAAACUGUAUUGUUUCUGGUUUUUAAAUAAAGACUGCAGAAAAUCAACCACAAUGUCUUUUUUUAACCAAGAAAAGUGAAUGUUUGCUCCAGAUCCAUGUAAAUCUACCAAAUAUCCACUAUAUCCUGUAAAUGGCCAUAGCAUCCCAUCUGCUCAUUACAUACACAACAGAAUUUGUACAACACAGCCACUAAAAGGGUGAUACUUCUUUCUGCAAAUCCUCAUCAACCAACACAUCACCACAGAAGCAGCACAGGUCCAAAAUGUGAAUUCACCACAACAGUGUCUCAGGUUUCAGCAAUCCCAGAGUUCCUCAGAGUGGGUAAUAGUCUCUGGCUAAGCACUGGAAAGAUGGUAUUAACUGUACACUAUACAAUUUUAAUUUCUUUUUUUUUUUUUUUUUGUGUAAAGAUUUAAAAUGUAUUACAGUUAACUUUAAUACAAGAACAUACAAAGGCACAGUAUUACAGCAUUUCAAUCAACAAUCACAUGUUUUCAUUAGACAGCUCAAACAAUGUGUGAUAAAAUGAGAGCUCUACAUGGUGCAGAACCCAUCAAGGCCUGAACCAAGGGAGGGAGCUGCUAAUUCUUUUCUCACUCUAAUACCCUCAGCACUUAACAGUGCUUUACAGGCUAGUAAUAACCACAAGUAUUACAUGCUUGCCUGCAAUCUAUUCCUUCCCCAGCCAAUCACUCAUGAAAGAGUGUCAGUCAUAGCAUCUAAUACCAACCAUGCCACAUCAGGAAUUCUCUGUACAAAAGGCUGACCAGUGUUUGCCAGCACUGCACAGACUGCUGUAAAAACACCAGGACGCAAAUCCUAGAGAGCAGAUUAGUGCAAUAAAGAAAGACUGCAAGUGAUUAGCAUACCCUUUGAAUACCAACAAGCUUCACAUACCAUGCUUUCUAAAAACAAAACCAUUUUUUCAAGUGUACUCAGUGAGUGUUAGUGAUUUUAAUUAGGUAUAAAUAUGACUGUAAACUGUAAGUCUAUAGUAUGAGACAACAUAUUUUGUUAAGUGUAGAUUUCUGAGCCAAGUUCAACCUCCAUAUAAAUCUCUACUCUCCAGUGAUGUGAUGCAUAGGAAGAAUUUAGCCAACAGGUCUAUUUACAGCAAUGGAAAGAAAGCAUGCAGCUUAUUUCUUACUGACACCUUGACUGUAUUUAUUAAAAAGAAACCAAAACUCAACCUGUCAGCCUACCAAGGCACUAAGGAGAACUUGUGAGUUUGCACUAUAUUCUGCUUGGUUUUUAAAAAGUAGACUGACAGAAAUAAGGGAAGAUACAUUUUUUUAAACCAUUUAUAGUUAUUUCUCCUACUCCUUCAAUUCUACUCUCACACAAAAGGUAUGUUGGUAAUAUAAACUACUGUAACUGCACAUUGCAGGCUAUGGGCAGCAGAAGUAGAAGAAAAUCAUUGUGAAAAAUUAAUAAUUUAAGAGAAUAUACCCCCCCCCAUCAAUAUAGAGAUGCGAGAUUAAAAUUAUUCUUUUCACCAAUUAAUUUUGCAAAAUGUUCUGAAGAAAAGGACAUAUUCCAAAUCCUAGAGAACUGAACAGCUUAUCAAAGGGAAUGGUAUCAACUCUCCUGUGAACUCUGAAGCUUUCUAGGUCUGCCAGAUUUCUAACAUGAGACAAGAUGAAAGCACACGCUAAAUCUUUACUGGCAGCACAGAAGUAAUGCCAUUCACCUUCACAUACAUGCAUUUUCCAUUGCUAAAUGUGAGAGUGGCCACUGAAAGAACAUUGUAUUACCUAUUGGCUGCUAGUUAAUAUAUUAUAUGAAUAUAUUAAUAUAUUAACAUAUUAAUAUAAUAAUCCUUCCGUAUUUACCAGGAAUGUGUGGCUGUGUGUUCCUCCACUGCUUCCCAGGAGGCUGGGGAUACACAGCUGCUCAGAUUCAGCAUUAGACAAGGCCUGUGACUGAGAUUACAGGAGCAGACUGGAAUGUUUUAUGCUGAGAAGAAUCUGCAUAACAUACUGAGCUGCAUCUAGGUCAGAACCUUGAGUGUUUCAUGCUGUGACAAAA